GGUCCUGCGAAUUUGGGAAUUUCUGGUCAUUGCUUUAUGGGCAUGUCCACGCACGACGAGGACCAAGAUGCCACCAGCCAGUCGAGGCAGGAUAACACAGGAACUACACUGCAAGAACCAACAUGGGAGCAACUUUCGGACCGUAUUGCAAAACGCCUGCAUCACAUUCGGAUAGAAUUAAAACGCGGCGCUAAAAAAGCCAAGACGUUCGAAACCCGGAAACUCGUUAAAAAGCUCCGUUUCUUUCGGAAACAGUAUGACCAAGCCAAAAAUGACGAGAGCACUCCAGACGAGAUCAAACUUCAGCGACAGAAGAUGGUUGAAAAAUUUGAGGCCGAUGUGGAGAGUAUAAAGUACAAGCACAUCAACAUGGACAAGAUCGUGCACAACGCAUUUGCUGCCUGCCUAUCCAAAUCCUCUCUGCCGCACCUCCCCAACCUUUUAUCCACAUGGGACUCCGCGAAAGACUGGACCCAAACGGAUCAGAAUACUCCAUCCGUUACUCGAGUUGAGCAGCGACUAUCUUCCUCUGAACCAAUUCGGGAUGCGGCGGAAGGAGCUAUCGAAGAUUUGCAUUGCCUAUUAACCGGAGUACGAUCAAAGACACGGAAGCGGAAGAAGAAUCCUCCAACGCAGAAACUCUCCACUGUGUCCAAAGUCUCUGUGCAAACUGACGAUGACGAUGACGAGGCCGACUCGGACGAGAUGUCACGGCCUGUAACGUCUGCCUUCAUCGCUUCUCUGGGUGAUAGCGACUCAGAGUUGGAUCUUAGUGUGUCGGAAGUUGAGGAAAGCGACUACGACCAGCCAGCCUCUAAGAAAGUCAAAAAGAAUCGACAGGGACAAAGAGCUCGGCGAGCCCAAGCAGAAAAGCUUUAUGGCCAAAGGGCAAAGCACCUCCAAAACGCCUCUCAUCCACCACCAAACUCCAAACGCGCCCCUUCAUCAACAACAACACAACCUGUCAAAGAAGUCCCAAAAGAGACGCUCCACCCAUCAUGGGAAGCCAAACGCAAGGCAAAGGAAGCGCAGAGCAUGAUUUUGCAGGCUGGCAAACCAAAGAAGAUUGUGUUUGGGUCUGAAUCCGAUGAGGAUUAGACCAUCGCCUGUAUGUUUUUUUGGACAAUUAUUGUACAUAGAAUUUCAUUGAGGGAUGGCGACUACGAUUCAAAGCACCAUAUUGAAAAUCAUUAAACACUAUGAUAUACACGCGAAUGUGAAAAAUACUCCAAUUGGAUAAGACCCAAACGCUUGACUGCGUCUCCC